GCCAGGGUCAGUGUACAGCUCAUGGUCGAGUGGUGCCGCGACAUCGGCGUCGGCAAGGGCGUCUUCAAGGUCUGGAUGCACAACAACAAGCACAACUUCCCGGGCGGGCACAGCGCCCGCCGCAGCGCCUCCUCGCCCGCCCCCGCCGCCGCGUCGCUCCAAACCCCAGCCGACGGCGCCGGCGCUGCUGCAGCACCGUCAUUCAACCCAUCCAGGAUCACCCCUCCCCCUCCCGUCCUCACCUUGUCCCCGACGGCCGCCACCGGCUUCAACAUCAACGUCGCCGCCUCCUCGGCGCCCACCGUCGCCACCGACUACACCACGGACAAGGAGGCGCUGCCGCUGUGCGCCAUGCCUAGAAAUCCAAGCUUCGCCCCUGUGCACCGUGCCUAGAAAUCCAAGCUUCGACAGAGGAGG